AUGGGUUGUAGUGCUGGGGUUAUAGCUGUUGAUCUUGCCAAGGACUUGUUGCAAAUCCACCGGAAUACUUAUGCUGUUGUUGUUAGUACUGAGAACAUUACUCAGAAUUGGUAUUUUGGGAAUAAGAAGUCUAUGUUGAUACCCAAUUGCUUGUUUCGUGUUGGUGGUUCCGCGGUUUUGCUUUCCAAUAAGUCCGUUGAUAGGAGGCGGGCUAAGUACAAGCUUGUUCAUGUUGUGAGGACCCAUCGUGGUGCGGAUGAUAAAACUUUUCGUUGUGUUUAUCAGGAGCAGGAUGAUAAGGGGAAGACUGGUGUGUCUUUGUCGAAAGAUUUGACGGCAAUUGCCGGUGGGGCGCUCGAGACCAACAUUACCACUUUGGGACCUAUUGUGCUUCCUAUAAGCGAACAGCUUCUUUUCUUUUCAUCACUUGUGGUUAGGAAGCUGUUCAAGUCCAACGUCAACACCUCCCCCGAUCGCAGCAGCAAGCUCGACCCCGUGCUCUCCAUGGCUGAAGCACCGGUGCUCCAGAGCCCUCUCCAACUCCCCAUCCUCUCCUCCUUGCUCCGCCAUGGCUGCGGCCUUUGA